AUGUCCCAAGGACCUUCACAAGCCUCGCCCCAAGAGGCUGCUCCCUCACAACCUCAGUCCAUCCGGCGCCAACCAGACAUCAACGCAUACUCCGCCUCGUGGUCCCGCCCCCUCAAGCAAUUCAGCCUCUUCUUCCUCGGCGCCGCCUUCACUGCCGCCUCCGUAGGCGUGUCCCGCCGCUCCGUGCUCCGUCGCCAGCGCGCCUCCUUUCCCAAGUUCUACUCGUCCAACAGCCCCGGCCCGCAGGACGGCAACAGCUCCGAGGGCGCCCUGCUGGGCGUCCACGCGCUGGGGCUGGCGACUCUCAACGUGGCGAGCUUUGCGGUGCUGCUGACGGGGGGCCUGUCCUGGGCGUUUGAUCUCAGCUCUGUGCAGGAGCUGAGGGAGAGGACGAGGGCGGCGCUGCAGAGGCCUGGGGGGGAGGUCAGUGCGGAGGAUGAGAAGGAGUUUGAGCAGAUGAUGGAUAAUUUGAUGGCCAAGCUGGGGAUGGACAAGGCGUCUGUUCAGAGCGGGGAGAAGGGGAAUGAGAAGGGCCAGGCGGAGAAAUGA